UGCAGCACAGUAGUUUGUGUUGAGGAGUCGUUCUGAGUAGAAGCAUACGCGAGGACGAUCGCUCGCUGCGGCCAAGAAGAGAAGUUCGGGGUUGUUUUCAAAGACUCUAUAUCAGAAUCAGUGACGAUCGGCGCAGAAGGAUUUGCACAAGAAACCCAGCGGGGGUGUGUUUUGACAGUUGGGCGUCGCGAGGUGACGACGACGAGUGCUAGAAAGAUUAUCACGGCCUGCUGAGAUCGGUACGACGGGGGUGAUUUUCGCGACGAAAAGUGCCUCUACGAGCGAGCAAGCAGCGCAAUAUUGCGCUGGAUGAAGCAAAGGCAAUCGCCGGCCUUAUCAGUGACCAGUGGCUUUGAUAAGAGAGACGGAGUUCCAAUGAACUGCAGCGCACAAUUUGGAGCAAGUAGAUGUUCUGUACUCUGGGUUGAAGUAGUGUAAACGUUUUGUUUAAGUGAAGAAGAAGAGCGUAUGCGAAGUGUCGAGCUGCCGAAGAGAACGCGACUAGUGAAGUGAGUGUAUCGUAUUUCGCGGAGGCGACACUUUAUGAUUUGAAUUUGAGUCUGCCUGCAGCGGAGGGCCGAAGCCGUGUACACAGAAGGAAAUCAUUUUGAUUUUGUCGGUUUUUUUUUGUUUCGUCCAACAAAGUUUUUUUUUUGACUCGGCUCAGAAGAAGAACCACACGAAGACUGAUACCGAGAAAGGAAAAAAAAUACAGACAGUCAAGUCGGUUGUUACGACAACGGCGAUCGCGACCGAUGACGGACGGGUGGUGAAGUCGCGAAGAAGACGAACGCGAACGCGCGAGCCGGGUGUGUGAUACAAAACGAAGAGAAGAAAAAAAUCAAGCUGAACAAGCGGCAAGUACACGGCAAGCAGGCCAGGGAAGGUGAAGCGCAGCGCAAACGCAGAGUCGGAAGAAGAGGAAAAGGGCGAAGCAGUUUGAUUCAUUCAUAAAAAUCUUACUCGCGCUUUUUAUUUUGUUGCACAUACAUUUAUAUGCGCGCACACGUUGGUCGAUCGAAGUAGGCGGUGGCGGCGGCUGCGGCGAAGAGUUGGCCGUGCCUGCUUAGACCAAGUCGCGUGUAGUGGUGCGCAACUGCAGCAGCAGCAACAACAACCGCACGCGUUCUGCCAUAAUCGGAGGAGGCGUAUGACGUGACGAACCAGAGCUGUGUGUGCGCGCGCUCGCUCGAUCAAAAAAGCGGAGUAGGCGAGAAAAGUGCGAAUAAGAGAGCGUUUAUAAAAUUAGAAUUGUAUUUACCUAAAUCAGCGCGGAUUCGUUUCGGGGUUUGCGAAUCUUUGAAGGGUUCCAGCGCGCGCGGUGGUGGAAGAAGAUUGCAACCAGAUGAGGAUGAUUCUCACUGAAUGAAGGCACGGAAGAAGAUGCCGAUGAAGGCGCAGGCGGUGCGGUAAUUGUGCAAUGAAAUUAAUUCGUUACCGACGAUGAGUGAAGUCCGCGUGCAAUUACUUGUGUAAACAUUGCGCGAAGAAGAUCAACAAUCGUUAAGCGUUGUAGGUGUUUUGUGGUGUUUUGCAAUCGUACCAAUUAAGAAAAAAGUGGAUCGCAAUAUCUCAAAGAUCGCCAGCGAGAGUCAACUAGAAGCAGCCUACUGAGAGCCGCUUCGAACAGCGAGCAGCCGAACUCUUCUGGGGCGUACGCGCAAGCAAUGGAAUUGGAGGCGUGCGAAGUACUAGCGGACUACUCGCUCCAGGAGGCUCCAUUCUACGAGGCACCGCUCAAAGUGGGUCCCCCACAGCCGGCGAUCACGCCUCAGCUACUCCAUCAGACCACGCCACAGCAGCAGCACCACCACCAGCACCAGCAGCCGCCGCUACAGCGACAGUCCGUUUCACCGUUUUCCCUGUCGUCCUUCCGAUCGGCCCUUUUGGGUUCGACGACGAGUGGCGGUUCCAUGGCUGCGUCCUCACUGAUGCUCAACAGCAGUGGAGGAUCGAUCGUCGCAGUAGGCGUCGGCGGCGGUGGCAAACUGAUGCAACACCUAGGCAACUCGGGUUCCUCGGUGCCACGGUUGCAGCAACCCCCCAGCCGGCCACCGCCUGCUUUGGUGCAAUCCUCCGCGCUCGGAGGAGGUCUCGCGAAGACCAAGAAGUUCAAAAAGUCUGUCUCCUUUCUACCAACGAUUGUUCAGAGCCACGAUGGCGACGGGCACAUACAGCUGAAGCAGGAACCGCUGGACGAUCUACCGCACGGGGGCAUCCGGAACAUCCAGAAGGUGCCGAGUCUGUCGGAUCUGAGCGAUCCGGAAGCGUCGUUAGAUGUGCCGACGCAGAUGCCACCGCUGACGCCGGGAACGAACAAGAAGUUGACUGAAGUCCUGUACGCCUCGUUUGCCUCCUGGGAGAAGGUGGUGCAGAACUGUAGAAUCACCAAAGAUCCACGACAAUGGACGCCGGAACAUGUGAUCAUUUGGCUGAACUGGUCCAUCACGGAGUUCUCGCUGGAGAGCGUCAACAAAGAACCGUUCCUCAAGAUGAGCGGCCGGGACAUAAUCGGCCUCGGUCGGGAGGGCUUCCUGGCCAUCGCGCCACCCUUCACCGGUGACAUCCUGUGGGAGCAUUUGGAGAUUCUACAGAAAGAUUGUGAGAAAGCGUUGCUGGACGGUGGCAGUGGUGGCAGUUCGCUUGCGGCUGCCAUCGUCACCGCCAAUGCGUUGUAUGGCAACAGUGGCGGUAGUGGCAACGGAGGUGGUGGUGGUGACAGUGGCUCCACAGGUGGAGCCAGCAGUGGCGUUAGCGAACUCAGCGAGUACAACAGUGCCCUCCAGCGGUUAAGUAGCCAACAACACCAGCAGGAGCAGCAGUUUAGCAGUGGCAGUGGUGGCAAUUCGACGUCAACUAGUGGUGGCGGUGGCAGCAGUGCUGCCAGCAAUUCCAAUAAUAGCAGUGGUUAUACUUCCCUCCACGAACGCAGCAAUAGCUCGCCACCUCCGCUGAUCCAAUCCUCCAACCAAUCCGGAAGUGGAGGUGGAGGAGGAGGGGGAGGCGGUGGAGGCGGAGGCAAUAACAGCACCAGCACAAACUCAACCUCCUCUAGUGGUAACAGUAGUAGCAAUAGUAACAACAACAACAGCAGUAUGUCCUCCUACCUGUCUUCGAUGGCGGCGGCGGCAGCGAGGAAUGCCAACAGCGGCAGCAACCAGAAUAGUAGCAACAGUGCAAAUAGUUCCAACUACCCUAGCAGCAAUAGUGCGAAUACCCCUUCGACGACUUCGUCCAGCGGGCCCGGAAGUCAUCCGCAGAUGAAGGAAGAGCACGAACCGAACAGUUUUAUCAACAUCGACGAACUGCCGAACUUUGGCGUCGUUCCGGGUCACUACGACGAGCAGGAUCAGUACCACUCGCUUCCGCAGCCGGAAACCCAGACGCCCUCGCACGGUUACCUGGACAACAGUCCGGAGUUCUAUUCGGCAAUCCAGAUGGAGCAGAAGUACAUGGCACCGCACUACAAAACCGGUCCCUACACGAGUCGAAGUAAUCGGUACCACCAGCCGCAUGCGCACAGCGGAGCCGGAGCGGGUGCGGGACCAGGCGCUGGCGCCGGUUCUCAGAACAGCCACCACCAUCAUCACCACCAGCACCACCAUCCGCACCACGACGGAUACCACGAGUACAGCUCACCGUACGACACUCCGCCGUUCCAGACCGUACCGAGCAACACCACGUCCCCUCAGGGAUCCGGCAACAACAACGACAGCACCGGUCUCGGCGGACACAUGGACCCGUGGAGUCAGCUGCACCACCCCGGACAGCAUCCGGGUCAUCCCGGAGCGCAUCCAUCGCUGCUGGACUUCCAGCAUCCGGCCUACAUGGGAACCACCAUGGGCUUUGACAAAACCAUGCUCGGAAGCUACGGGGCGCAGGGUGGCACGCCUUUCACCGGAUCCGGACCCAUCCAGCUGUGGCAGUUCCUGCUCGAGCUGCUCACCGACAAAACCUGCCAAAACUUCAUCUCCUGGACCGGGGACGAGUGGGAGUUCAAGCUGACCGAUCCGGAUGAGGUGGCUCGUCGGUGGGGUGUCCGGAAAAACAAGCCAAAAAUGAACUACGAGAAGCUCAGCCGGGGCCUCCGGUACUACUACGAUAAGAACAUUAUCCACAAAACCGCCGGCAAACGCUACGUCUAUCGUUUUGUAUGUGAUCUUCAAACUCUGUUAGGAUACUCAGCCAAGCAGGUGCACGAAAUGGUUGACCUCAAGCCGGACAAGAAGGAUGACGAGUAAAGCUCCCCCCGCCCUCCAGUGUCCGAUCUCCUGCGCCAAAGCUGUGUAGUAUCCCAAAGCAUGCUUCUUGCUCAAAGAGAGAACUUCUUCAAAUCCAAACCGCGCAACGGGAGAAUCUGCAAUCCGGCGCUUCCUUAAACACUUUUCCCCGCCCAUGUGUGAAUCGUGCUUCCAAUCGAACGGCUAAACGAAAACCAAUCGUGUUACCCUCAUUCUACCUUAAAGAAAGCAAAAAAUCAGAGAACUGUGUUUCUUAAGAAAAAAAAACGAAAAACAAUGAUCGUACUUUUACAAUCUACCAAAAAUACAAAUCCAAGUAGGCUGAAACGAGCGGGUGUGCCUUACGGAUCACCGAGCUGGUGAUCAACGCUCAUCCCCGGCACCAGAAAUUGCGAAAACAAGUCAACUUCUCUAGUAAAACACUGGAAUGCCACACCAUCCAAGUAGGCUUCCGGCGAUGAUGCUAACAGAGCGUCUCCAUAGCGACCGACAGAUUUCCCUUCAAGAAAAACAAUCAUACAAGAAAAACAAUCGUACUCUCAAGCAAAAUCAAGAUCCGCUUCGCUCUCCGGGUGGGUUGUGUCAGCCCACUCCCGUGGGCCCAUAAUCGUCGAUAAACCAAUGAAGGUAAGCGAAACUUAAGUCUACUUAAAACAAUCAAACACAAGACACACAAACACGCAAACAACCCCCAAAAGAUGAUCGAGAGCAAAACCCCAAUCGUGGUGGUUUGAGAGAUCAGCGGAAAGCUUCUGCUUUACACACUCACACACAAAUGUGGGGAAAUCAAGUAAAAGAGCUCCGCUGUUGUACGUAGAAAAGAAGGAACAAAACAAAAACAAAAAAUCUUAUUUUAUUUUUCCCCCUCUGUAGUUAAAAUAAUUAUUUGUGAAGCUUUUGUGAUAAGUUUUUUUUUCUUUAUUUCUAUUUUUAUUAGUAAACAUACUUGCUUUUACAUAUAUGUAUGUGUAAUUAUUAAACCUUCCCUAGAUUACUCGAUAGAAAAUGUGAAGCAUUCGAGGAUGCUGGAAGGAGGCAUCCCGGUCAAAAAUCGAUGAAACACAGAAAUUGAGCAGUAUAUAUAUAAAUAGAAAUCAAGUGAAUGUUCAUUGUAGUGUAACAUUAUUCAGUGAUGAGAGACCGACAGCGACAGAGAGAGAGAGAUGACGCAUGAGUGCCCGUUAAAAUUGAGUGACUGAGCUCGCUAGUUCCCCCCAAGAAAGUUGCUAGGAUAUUUUUUUCACUUUUUUUUCUACAAAUCAAAACCCUGGGGUGGACGCAGCUGAUCUCUACAACAAGCAAACAAAAAAAAAAUAAUCAGAGUACUAUUACUAGAGCUUAAUCUGCGAUUCGUGUUUAUUAAAUAUUUUCCGACGAACGAAAUUGUCUGCGCGUGUGUGUAUGAGUGUUUGCGAUUUGGAACGAGAGCGAUCGAGUGGUGUCUCCCAAACUGUGGAAACUGUGUAGUAAAAUCUAAGUGAUUAUUAAAUAGGAAAAGCAGAAAUAUUAUUGUAAACAGCAGAAGAAAAGUAUCAAACAACAAAAAAAAAGCGAGUCCGAUCAGAAUAAAAGUGUAAAAACACAGUUGUAAAUCAAAGAUGGGAUCCCCCAGCGGAAACAGCCAACCCAGCGCCAAGAAGGUACCACGCCUCCAUCACUCACACAUUUUCACCCGUUGAUUCAUAUUGGUGCGAUAUAGAUUUUGUGGUUACACACAAAAUCGACAACAAAACGACGGAUUUCAUCAAAGUAUUUAUGUAUGUAUCGAUCAAAGUAGGCUUUUAGUUAUCAAGUGUCAUGUGAGUGAGAACGGAGGCUGGUUGCCACGUGCCGGGUGUCAAAGUGAGGUCUAUUGUUUGCUACUAUGGUUGUUCAAAGGGGAUCCCCUUUUGUUUUAUGAUGUUUAAAAAAUUCAAA